CAAGAACUAGAAAUGGCGUUGUCUAGAGGCCGAAGUCACUGGUCCAAAGAAGACAUUGUGAAGUUACUGGACCGCAUGGAGACUAACCUUCCAUCCAAUGACAGCCACACAUUCAAAACAACCCAGUCACAGAUGGACUGGGAAAAAGUGGCUUUUAAGGAUUAUUCUGGAGAAAUGUGCAAACUCAAAUGGUUGGAGGUUUCUUAUCACCUGAGAAAAUUUCGCACUUUGACAGAAUUAGUCCUGGAAUCCAAGGAACAUGUUGAAAAGCCUGACAGAAGCAAAAAACGUAAGAAACAUCCGGACUUGCCCAAGAAGCCCCUGACUGCUUACCUUCGCUUCUUCAUGGAGAAGCGGCCUCAGUGCUCCCAAAAAUAUCCCAACCUGAGCAACCAGGAGCUGACCAAGGUCCUGUCUAAGAAAUACAAGGAGCUCCCAGAGAAAAUAAAGCUCAAAUAUAUUCAAGAUUUUCAGAAGGAGAAACAGGAGUUUGAGGAGAAACUGGCUCAAUUCAAGGAUGACCACCCUGAUCUAUUCCAGAACCCCAACAAAUCGGAUGUAACCAAGAGGAGCCCAAACAGGGCCCAAAAGAAGUUUCCGAGUCACGUGCCAGAAGUGAAGUCUCCCCUAGGAAGCUGUUUUUCCAAGAGGAUGAUAUUCCGUGGAGAGCCCCGGAAGCCCCCCAUGAACGGAUAUGAGAAGUUCCACCGGGAUUUGUGGUCAAGUAGGGAGCUUCGAGAUGUGCCCCCAAGGGAGCGCAGGGUGGAGAUUGGCAGGCGCUGGCAGCGAGUCCCGCAGAGCCAGAAGGACCAUUAUAAGCAGCAGGCUGAGGAGCUGCAGAAACAGUACAAGGUGGAUCUGGAUGACUGGCUCAAGACCCUGUCUCCUGAACAGUAUGCUGCCUACAGAGAGGCGACCUAUAGUAAGCGUAAAAACAUGAGCAUGAGGGGAGGCCCAGAUCCCAAGGUCAGAGGGACAGAUCUGCAGUCGCCACCAGCAAGGAGUCUGCAAGAAGGGCUUGGACAGGAGUCAGGGCUACAGGCUCCGGAGACAGAGUCACCAGAGACCACUGGGGGCAAUGCUCAUGCCUCUUGGGGAUCAGGAGAAGAUGAGGAAGGGGAGGAAGGCAGCAGCUCCUCAGACUCCAGCAGCGGGAGUGAAUGCGAAGAUUGUGAGUUUGAGGACAGUGGCUCCAGCACAUCUUCCUUAGGUGACUCCUCUGAUGCAGACCCCAACUGA